AUGGCCCCUCCGGGCCCGGCCGGUGCCCACCCCACCUCGGCCGAGCCGCUGUCCCGCAGCAUCUUCCGGAAGUUCUUGCUGAUGCUCUGCUCCCUGCUCACGUCCCUUUACGUUUUCUACUGCCUGGCCGAGCGCUGCCAGACCCUGUCGGGCCCCGUCGUGGGGCUGUCGGGCGGCGGCGAGGAGGCGGGGACCCCGAGUCCCGGCGUCCUGGCCGGAGGCCCGAGGGAGCUGGCGGUGUGGCCCGCGGCGGCGCAAAGAAAGCGCCUCCUGCAGCUGCAGCAGUGGCGGAGUCGCCGGCCGCCCGCGCCGCGCGGCGACGGCGAGGAGGCUGCCUGGGAAGAGGAGACCCCCGGCCUGGCCGGGGCUCCUGGCGGCUCCGGGGCCGGGAGCAGCGUGGCCGAGGCCCCGCCGGGGACCCUGGCCCUGCUGCUGGACGAAGGCAGCAAGCACCUGCCGCAGGCCAUCAUCAUCGGCGUGAAGAAGGGCGGCACGCGGGCGCUGCUGGAGUUCCUGCGCGUGCACCCCGACGUGCGCGCCGUGGGCGCCGAGCCCCACUUCUUCGACCGCAGCUACGACAAGGGCCUCGCCUGGUACCGGGACCUGAUGCCGAGAACCCUGGACGGGCAGAUCACCAUGGAGAAGACACCCAGUUACUUUGUCACCCGGGAAGCACCCGCGCGCAUCUCGGCCAUGUCUAAGGACACCAAGCUCAUCGUGGUGGUGCGGGACCCGGUGACCAGAGCCAUCUCGGACUACACGCAGACUCUCUCCAAGCGGCCCGACAUCCCCACCUUCGAGAGCUUGACGUUCAAAAACAGAACUACGGGCGUCAUCGACACGUCGUGGAGCGCCAUCCAGAUCGGCAUCUACGCCAAGCACCUGGAGCACUGGCUGCGCCACUUCCCCAUCGGCCAGAUGCUCUUCGUGAGCGGGGAGCGGCUCAUCAGCGACCCGGCCGGCGAGCUGGGCCGCGUGCAGGACUUCCUGGGCCUCAAGAGGAUCAUCACGGACAAGCACUUCUACUUCAACAAGACCAAGGGCUUCCCCUGCCUGAAGAAGGCCGAGGGCAGCAGCAAACCCCACUGCCUGGGCAAGACCAAGGGCAGGACCCACCCCGAGAUCGACCGCGAGGUGGUGCAGAGGCUGCGCGCCUUCUACCGGCCCUUUAACCUCAAGUUCUACCAGAUGACCGGGCACGACUUUGGCUGGGACGGAUAACAAUAUAAUUUAAAAAGAAAAAAAAUAUGAAAAUAUAAUAUAUUUUUUUACCAGUCGGUAGAGAAAAGACAGUUUAAUAUUUGUGCUGAAAAUAUCGGUUUCAGUAUUUUUUUCAAAGUAUGUUAAGAGAUUGUCCUCACCUCUGCCCCCAUCUUCAUGUAUAACCCACACCAAACAUUUCGAUAAACAAAAAAUGAAAACUUCACUCAUCUAAAUACUUCCAAUUUUCAGUUUUUAUUUUAUGUUUUAUAUAUGCAAUCAUAAAGUGUGAGCAUCAGUGGCCAU